AUGACCCAAUUACAUACACAAGCAUCAAUACCUCUAUUAGAUAGUAAUCCAAAUGAUGUGACUAAUACUUCAACAACUAUUCAUCAUCGUUUCAGUCACUCUCAUUUACAAUCGAUUGAUGAUGAUAUAAUACCGUUAAGCGAUCAUCAAGUUCAUCCCGAUACUCAUGCUCGACGCUUUCAUAGUCCAGUAAAAGCUCGAAUAUAUAACUUUCUUGAACGUCCAUGUGGUAUUACAUGCUUUCUCUAUCAUUUUUCUGUCUUUGUCGUUGUUAUCGCUUGUCUCGUCUACAGUUCAAUAUUAACUGUGUAUGUUCAAGAAAGUUAUGAAAUUUUAUUUUGGAUUGAACUUGUUUUAUUUACCUUAUUUCUAUCUGAAUAUAUUAUUCGGAUAUGGUCAGCUGGUUGUCGAUCAAAAUAUCGUGGUAGAGGAGGACGUCUGUUAUUCAUGCGAAAAGCAAUGUGUAUUGUGGAUUUAUGUGUAAUUAUUGGUUAUGCUGUUCUGUUAUGUAUAGGAAUGGUUAGAACAGAAUUUAACUCACAACUGAUACGUUACGUAAGAAUAUUACAAAUAUUGAGAUUUUUACAUGUUGAUAGACGUCUGACAUCGUGGAGAUUAUUAGGAUCGGUGGUCUACGAUCAUCGUUAUGAACUAAUAGCAACAUUAUAUUUUUGUUUCAUAUUUCUAAUUGUUGUUGCAUAUCUAAUAUGGUUAGUCGAAAAAGAUGAAACAAAAAAUGCUGCUGAUGAUAUGUUUCAUAGUUUUGCUGAUACUCUUUGGUGGGCAAUUAUUACGAUGGCAACCAUCGGUUACGGUGACAAAUGUCCUCGAACACAUGUUGGAAAAAUGAUAACAUCUUGUUUAUGCAUAUGUGGUGUAGCAUUUUGGACUUUACCAUCGGGUAUAAUCGGAUCCGGUUUUGCUUUAAAAGUCGAACAGAAAAAACGUGAAAAACAGUUCAAUCGACUAGUGCCAGCUGCCGCUGGUCUCAUUCAAAACUGGUGGCGCAUGGUAGCCGCUCGUCGUCCAAAUCUAACGGCUACAUGGUGUAUUUAUCGAGUAGAAUCAAAACGUUUCCCUCGUCAUCGAUUUGCUGGAUCAAGUACGGCUAUUGAUUCAACAAGAUCAAUCGGUGCUCAGCUACAUAUGGAUAGUGUGAAAAAACACGGUUCAUGGAGAAGAGUUGAAAAAAUUGAAGAUUUACAUCCAUCACAAAGAACAGCUAUUCGUAUUAUACGUAUGAUUAAAUUUCAUGCUGCUAAACGAAAAUUUCAACAAGCUCAUAAACCGUAUGAUUUUAAAGAUAUUAUGGAUGAAAAUGCGCAAGGCAAUUUGAAAGUAAUGUAUACUUUGGCCGAAAUUCAACGACGUCUAGAUCAAACAUUGGGUUUACCAAAAACAUAUCCACUGGUAUUAACUGAUAAACAACGAGAACAAUUAACAUUGAAUGCGAAAGUACAACGAUUAGAAACAAAAAUGAUUACAUUAGAAAAACAAACAUCACGAGUUAUUUCGCUACUGGAAGAUUUACAUCGUGGAAAAACAAAUGGCAGUUAUAGAUCAUUACACACGGAAGUAUCAAUACCAGAGGCAAAUGAUACAUCCCAAUGA